CUCCAUAUAUUCUUUGAAGUACACCAUUAGUCUUGAGUAGUCUGGCUCAGGAGGACCGAUGGUGACGCCGUCGGUCUUGGGUGGGACUGGAAGAGAGAGGUACGGUGUGUAGUGCUGCAUGUCCAUCCUUUUUGACUGGCUAUGUCUGCUGGAUGUUCUUUCGAGAGACUGCAUCAAUAGUUGCUGCAAAGCCGGUGGCAGGUCUUAUGUUGUUUGCUCUUUUGCCCCCACUUUCCUGCAGUAUAUAUAGAAUGUCUUUGGCUUUUGUUCUGAGAUAUACAUCUAGCUUGCUUUCUCUCAAAAUAUUUCUGCUUUCAUUGAUUGAUUUUGUGUGCAUUUGUGUGUGCAUCAUCGUUGUUGCGCUAGCUUUGUCUUGCUUUUUGUUUCGGCCAUCGAAUUCUUUCGUCGAGGUCAUUCAGGGGUUUGGAAGCGGUCAUAGGGGAAAGGAUGUGUGCCUCGCAGAAGUUGUCAGCAUACUUUCUCUCUUCGAAAGAUUAGACCGUACCUCAGAUGACUGGCUUGAAACAUGCAUUCCUGUUCUUGAAUAUGGUCAAAACUUUGGUCGAAGUGUUCCCAUGGAGUUGAAUUCGAAGUCCCGAUCCUAGAUUGGGGUUGAAUCACUUCGAAUUUUGCAUGUAGAACUUGAUACUCAAGUAUGAAUUAUUAUUACAAGUCUGAAGAGCAGUCAGUCUGGGGUCCUAAAACUUAAAGAGGUGUUGUGGUGUCUUGCCUAUGGACAGGAGAAAUACUUUCACCAGCGUUCCCUCCAUCGGCAGCCCGAGGAAUCACCAAAUCUUGGCGCAGAGCCUUGAUAACGGAGGGCAAAUCGACCAUCUUGCUCUCCGUUCCAUGAGCGUCUCCAGC